CCUCGGGCGGUUUUAAUUUAUCGUAACGGGUUACCUGACUCGCAUGACAAACACAGGUUUCUGAUAUUCAAAUCUGUGGUUUCAUUUGCUAUGCAUGGUUGGGAGUGUUACAAUGAUCUGAGACGUAACGGAAUCGUUUGAUUUAGCCAAUCAAUGCACUGGAGGACGAUAUUUGCGUGACUAUGUUUUGAGUUGGGACCGCACUUUACAUACGGAAUCAUAAGAUUUCGGUGAUAUUGGCUUGAGAUAAAUGCCCAGUCUGUUCUUGUCUGCUCUUAAAAGAAAUAUGGUUAGGAGUUUUACAAUGCGAUGUAACGGAAUCGUUUGAAUUGAGCCAAUCAAAGGACUGGAGGACGAUAUUUGCGUGAUUAUACUUGAGUUUGGACCACACAAAUGGAAUCAUAAAAUCUCGGAGAUGCUGGCGUGGAAAUGCCUCUACUCGCUGGUAUACUCCGUUGACAAUUUCUGCGAGAGGCCAAGAAGUAUUGGACAGCACACAAGAAGGUAAUAUUCCAUUCGGAAAAUCACAGCAUCAAGGCUAGAGCGUAAUCAAGAUGCAUUUUGACGAAAUCUUGCUGAAGGUCGGAGGAUGGGGGAAGUACCAAAAGAUACAAUACUUGCUUCUCGGAGUGAUGGCGAUAUUUCCAGGAUUUCAAAACCUCUGCAUGGUUUUCAUUGGUGGAGGCGACCACCGCCAUUGGUGUCACGUGCCCGAGUUACAAAACAUGUCCGCUGAUCAACAGAGGUACAUUGCAAUACCCGAGACAGUGAAUUACGAAAGGGAAAUUGUUUACGAACAGUGUAGCCAGUUCGAUAUAAACUUUGGAAAAUAUGAUGCGGAUGCGUAUAAAAAGUGGAAUAGGACUGUGAUGACUCCUGCUGGAACGAAGAGAGUUGUGUGUCGCCAUGGAUACGACUUUGACCGGGAGCAGUAUACAAGCACCAUUGCAAGUCAGUUUGAUUUGGUGUGUGGGCGUGACUGGAUGGUAGCCCUGGCAACGACUAUAUACAUGGCGGGUUUUAUGACCGGAUGUGUGGCAUUUGGUUAUAUGUCUGAUAGAUAUGGCCGUCGUUUGACUCUCUUCGUGAGCAUCAUUCUCCAAGCAAUCUUCGGCUUCGCGGCAGCCUUUGUCCCGAACUACGCCGUCUUUGUCAUCUUCCGGUUUCUUUUCGCUACCGCUGUAGCCGGUGCUUUCACAACUGCAUUCGUUAUCGUUGUGGAGAUUGUUGGCCCAAAGUCUCGCAUUACAUGCAGUAUCUUCUACCAGGGCUUCUUCGCUGCAGGGUACAUGUUACUCCCCCUAUUGGCCUACUUCAUUCGCGAUUAUCGGUGGCUGCAGAUUACGAUGCUAGCUCCCAUCUUUCCAACCAUCUCGUAUUGGUGGUUGGUUCCGGAGUCCCCUCGUUGGCUGAUCUCGGAGAGACGCUACGACAAAGCGCUAGAGAUCUUGAACAAAAUGGCGCAGAGCAACGGGGAGCCGGAGUUGGAGAAGACGUUCUUCGACAAGGAGAUAGUAGAAAAAGAUGAAAAGACGACGGAAGAGGGCAGCACAGGUCACGAGGUCAAGGACAAACAUGGCAGCAUCAUUGACCUCCUCAGCUUCCCCCUGCUCCGGAAGAAAUCUCUCAUCGUCUUCUUUAAUUGGUUCGUCAACAGUCUUGUUUACUACGGCGUCUCCUUCUCUCGAAACCUUAUGGGAGGCAAUCUCUACAUCAGUACGUUCGCGAUCGCCUCCGUGGAGCUUCCGUCCUAUUUUAUGACUGUCGUCCUGCUGGGAAAGUGGGGGAGGCGGCGCCCACUUUCGUUCACGAUGAUCGUGGCGGGCGUGGCGUGCUUCUUGUGUUCCCCAUUUCUUUAUGACCCAGCUCUCGCACCAGCUCUGGUCACCAUGGCAAUCCUAGGCAAGUUUGGAAUCGCCUCAUCGUUUGCCAUCAUCUUCCUCUACAGUUCAGAACUAUUCCCAACCGUGGUCAGAAAUGUAGGCGUGGGCACUGGAUCUAUGCACGCUAGGAUCGGAGGACUUGUGGCGCCGCAAGUGGCCCUUCUGUCAAAAUACUGGGUCCCUCUGCCGACAGUCAUAUUCGGAACGUUUGCUGUGGCCGGCGGGCUUUUGGCCUUGUAUUUGCCAGAGACGUGGAACAAGGACCUUCCCGAGACGCUUGAGGAAGGAGAGGAAUUUGUCAGGAAUAGUGAACUGAGAAAGAAAGAAGGUGACCAGAUCUCAUUGACAGAGUCAUCCAACUUAGUACCAAAAUGAGAAUAGCUGUGAUCGUCUUUAUAUUGUGUGAGAGGAUAGAAAAUCGGCCCGACAUUUUUCGGCUUGGAACGGGCCCAUCAUCAGUGCAAGGAAAGCACCCUGGACUGGUCCCAUGGAAGUUGUCAGACGAACGGGUAGUCGGCUAGAGUUUCCCCCUUUCUGAUAUAGACUAUACGUUCUCGGGGAUGACUUACACCAACAAGACAAGACCAGGUGUAGCGGACGUACGGACCGUCCCUGGGGAAUUCCCAUCCUCGAAGUCCUGUGUUUGAUCAGGAGAAAGCACUUGGGGGCUCCGUUCACUGGCAUGAUAGGAUAUCGUAGGAAUCAGUAGCCAUUUCUUACUUGCGACCGACAUUUUCUCAUUUGGUUAAUUGGUAGAGUCGUAUGUGCUGUGAUAAAUGCAAUACUUAGUAUAUCAUAUCAACGUUAAUCAAUAUAAAAAAGUGUAGAUUUUUGUAAAUAAUCCGCUGAGGUAUUUUUGUCAUUGUUUGUGAGGGUCUUCGCUCAGCUGAAAGGACGGCAAUCGGAUGAUCACCUGGGCUCGUAUUGCGACUUUUCCGUGGAGUCUACUGUAGGUGCAGGCCCGUAUGAUCAUAUCUGACCCGCUGGCAUUACAUGGACUUCUGGCGGAUGCAAUUCCAUCGGCCAAAUAAAGGGACAACGUUUUUAAUCCUCGUAUAUAACUCCGAGAUUUAAUAUAAUGCUAUAUCUACUGUUCGUACAAAGGUGGUACAAAAGGGUCAGAAAAAGGGCAGAGAAACAUCU